AUGAGUAUCUUUAAAAUUCCAUAUGGAUUAAUUGAUGAAAUACACUCUUUGUUGAGUCGAUUUUGGUGGGGGUCUAGGGAGGAUGCUCGUAGACUACAUUGGCAAAGUUGGGAGAAGUUAUGUGUUCCAAAAGCUAAGGGAGGUCUGGGAUUUAGGGACUUACGAUGCUUCAAUCAUGCCUUAUUGGCAAAGCAAAUCUGGAGAUUACAAAAUAAUACGGGUACCCUACUACAUUCUAUUCUUAAAGCUAGAUACUUCAAGAAUUCGUGUGUUAUUGAUGCCUAUCGUGGGUAUGAUCCAAGCUAUUCAUGGAGGAGUAUGUGGGGUGCAAAGUCGUUGUUACGUGAUGGUCUAGCAUGGCGUGUGGGAGAUGGAACAAAUAUAAAUGUGCGGGAUGAUCCUUGGAUUAUAAAGGAUGGUCAGGUGCUUUCUCUUACCCCAAUACCAACGUGUGAUAAGGAAAUGAGAGUGUGUGACUUAAUAAAUCAUGCUUCUGGUGAGUGGGAUUUGGAGUGUAUUGAGGCUUUGUUUCCUGCAAAGGUACGUAUCAUAAUAACUGCUAUACCUUUAUCUAAAAGGCUCCCUGUUGAUGAAUUAUUUUGGAGGCAAGCUAAAGAUGGUGUUUACACCGUAAAAUCUGGAUAUUGGCUAGCAAAGUCGGGUGAUGUUGUAGGAAAUGGCGUUGAUGGAAGUUAG